UUGAAGGUUUGAACUACAAAUAAUAAAUGAAUGCGAGAGAGAAAGAUUAAGAUUAAAAAGAAGGGAAAAAUAAUCGUAGCUGGAAAGAAACCACCUGGAAAGAUACGCGAAUAGAGCAUUAAAAUGACCAUGUGGUUUGCUGGAAAUUGAAUACAAGAUAGACUUGGACUCGGUGUUUAUCUUCUUCUUUUUUCGUCCCACAGUUGCCUUCAAAUUUCGCAAGAAGGGUCGGGUUUUUUUUUUUUUUUGGCAGAGAUAGAGAUGGCUAUGGCUAUGUCUGUGGCUUCAUCUUCUUCUGCUACUGUUGCAGUGGAGAAGGCGACCAGUGAUCUUCUAAUCGGCCCUGAUUGGACUAUGAAUAUUGAUAUUUGUGAUUCUGUCAAUUCAAAUCGUUGGCUGGCGAAAGAUGUUGUGAAAGCUGUGAAAAAAAGGUUGCAACACAAGAACCCUAAAGUGCAACUGCUGGCUUUAACGCUUUUAGAAACAAUGGUGAAGAACUGUGGUGAUUAUGUCCAUUUCCAAAUUGCUGAAAAGAAUAUAUUGGGAGAGAUGGUCAAAAUUGUAAAAAAGAAGACCAAUAUGCAUGUAAGAGAUAAAAUUCUGGUCUUGUUGGAUUCUUGGCAAGAGGCAUUUGGAGGGCCAAGAGGAAAACAUCCUCAGUACUAUUGGGCAUGUGAAGAACUAAGGCGUGCCGGAGUUGUAUUCCCCCAGCGUUCCUUAGAUGCAGCUCCAAUAUUUACACCCCCCGUUGCACAUUCAACAUUGAGGCAUGCCCAAGUUGGACGUGGAAUGCCUAGCAAUUCUUCUAGAAGGCUUGAUGAAACAAUGGCAACAGAGUUUGAAGGCUUAAGCUUGUCAGGUUUGGAUUCCAUGCGGAAUGUUAUGGAGCUCUUGAAUGACAUGCUGCAAGCAGUGAACCCUGAUGAUCGUGAGGCUUUAAAAGAUGAAAUUAUAGUUGAUCUUGUCAAUCGGUGUCGGUCCAACCAAAAAAAGUUGAUGCAGAUGCUAACUACAACUGGGGACGAGGAACUUCUUGAUCGGGGUCUUGAAUUAAAUGACAGCCUGCAAAUCUUGCUUGCAAAACAUGAUGCUAUAGCUUCUGGUUCUCUUAUGCCAACUCAAGUUAAUAAUUUAGGUGCCAAGCCGAGCGAAGGUUCCUCCAAUAUCAUAUCGACUGAAGUAAAAGGCUCCUGCCCAAGUUCUAGCGCUAAUGCCACUGUGUCAGUUGCAAAUGUAACAAGGAGCCCUAUUGCCGAAGAAGAUGAAGAGGAGGAUGACUUUGCACAGCUUGCUCGGAGGCAUUCAAAAACACAGUCAAGUCCAUCUCAAAGCAAAUGUGGAACCAGCAUGGCACUCGUGCCAGUGGAUACCAAUAAUGCGGCUUCUUCUACAACCACUGUUUCAACCCCUACACCAGUUAGUACGACAAAAGAACAGGAAAUAAUUGACCUUCUAAGUAUCACCUUAUCAACAACAGCAUCCCAUCAUCCCCAAACACUACAUACUUCAACAUCUGUUGACCAGAGCAUGCCUCAAGUUUCAACCUCAAGCACACAAGGGUAUCCUUAUAUUUCCCAAAAUUAUCCUGGAAACCAAGGGCAAGCAACUUACAACAAUUAUGUCGUUCCAUGGGCCCAACCUCAAACCCAGCACCAGUUGCAAGUUCCAUCUCAGCCACAUUUACAACCUCAAAUCCGGCAACAAUUGCAACCUCAAUUUCAAUCACAACCACACUCUCAGCCUCAGCAGCAAUUUCAAUUUCAGUCUCAACCAUAUACUCAGCCCCAACCUCUGCACCAAUUUCAACCUCAAUCUCAACCACAAACACAGCCUCAGCCUCAACCUCAGCAACAGUUUCAAUCUCAAUCACAAGCACAACCACAACCACGUGCUCAGCCUCAGCAGCAAUUUCAACCUCAAUCUCAGCCAAAACCACAUACCCAACCUCAGCAACAAUUCCGACCUCAAUCCCAGCUUCAGUUUCAGCAACAAUUGCAGUCAAAAUAUCCUCAAUACUCAUCUGGCUAUCCCCCUCCGCCCUGGGCAGCUACAACUGGUUAUGCCAAUGGCCAAAGUCAUAUGUCUGCUACUACUAACAUGUUCUCAACCCCACAAGCCAACACAACUACAUCUUAUGCACCCUCACAAGCAGCUAGGCCCAUGCAACAUUAUAACUCCUUUACUCCUAGAGGAAGCAAUGGGUUAGCCAUGAAUGGUGAUCCUAUUGUGAAUUCUGGACUUAGGAACCCUGCACCUCCAGGACAGAAGCCCUUUAUUCCCUCAUACAGAUUAUUUGAAGAUCUAAAUGUUCUUGGCAAUGCAGAUGGAAGGUUUAAGAUGAAUGGCAGUACAUCACCCAGCUUGUCAGGACAUUCUAGCCAAGGGAUGGUAGGUGGGCGGAAGUGAAAUGCUAGCGGUGGAAAGCAUAAAAUGGAUAUAUUGUUAUGAAUAUGAUCAAUAUUGGUGUGUUCUUUCAGUUUGGAAUAUAUGUAAAAGGAGUUCUUUAGAGUGGUAAUUGCUCCAUCUGGGGUUUCUAGCAGUUGCUACAGUGCUUGUCUACCAUUCUUCUCGACCCAUGACAAUCGGUUGUUUCUCGUGGUCUUCUGAGCGUCCUUCUUGUGGAGUGUCAAAAAUGGCUUUCAUUUACUUCCACAAGGGGUGUAUCCAGAUUAAGUCGAGCAAUGCCGCCAUUUAUUCUCCUAGGUGUGUCGUGCUCGACUUGAGUAUUACUGUUUGGAUAUGAUGCCUUGGUUCUCUAAUGCGGAUCAAAUAAUGUAAGUGCCUCUCUAGCGUGGAGAAAAUUAUUAGAUUGGACUGGAUGAUCUAAUUUCACAUAAAAUAUGAUUUCCAUGUAAAUUCCGUACAUGGGAUGAUAAUUUGGGCAGAAUUUAUGCUGUUAACAAUGGUUUACAGUUGAUAACUUGAUAGCCGGUAGUUGUUAGCUAAUAAAUAUUAAUAGGAUCAUGCUAAAUAAUUCCAAUGGUAGUUUAUAUUUAUUUA